AUGGCAACAAAAGGACAUCUUUCUGCCCCAGUGUUGUGGUUGCUUCUCCUCUCCAUUCAGGUGUCCCUGGGUGCUGAUGAAUUGAGGCUAUCAAAUGGAACUGGCCCCUGCUCUGGGAGAGUGGAAGUAAAACAUGAGGAGCAGUGGGGAACUGUGUGUGAUGGUGACUGGACCAUACAAGAUGCUGAGGUUGUUUGUAAGCAACUACAAUGCGGAUCAGCUGUUCAGGCCCUUAAUCGAGCUCCUUUUGGAGAAGGGACUGGACCGACAUGGUUGUAUCGAGUUGAUUGCCGUGGUGAUGAACCUGCUCUCUGGAACUGCACACAUACAGGAUGGGGUGCUUUUACCUGCCCUCAUUACUUUGAUAUUGGAGUGAUCUGCUCAGGCUUCUCUGGUCUACGUCUGACUGGAGGAGACACUGCCUGCUCAGGAAAUCUGAAAGUAAAGCAAGAAGAAACUUGGGCUACUGUCUGUUUUUCACACAUUGAUUUCAAAACUGCCUCUGUUAUAUGUAGUGAGUUAGAGUGUGGCCAGGCUGUGGAUACCUUGAAAGGAACUCACUUUGGUGACAGACAUGAACUGAUCUGGCAAGAAGAGUUUCACUGUGUAGGGAAUGAGACUAACCUUGCACACUGUCCCAGGAACCUACACCACACUACCACGUGCUCUCAUGAUGCCACCAUUGUAUGUUCAGGCUAUGGCGGGUACAGGCUGGCAAAUGGCAGCACCACAUGUUCAGGGAGAGUAGAGCUUCUUCAUGGAGGCACAUGGGGAACUCUCUGUGACUACCUGUGGGAUUUACCAGCUGCCAAUGUCCUCUGCCAGCAGUUAGACUGUGGAGUUGCCCUACGGAUUCCAGGUGGACAGUCCUUCGGGAAAGGAAAUGGAUCUGUCUGGAAUGGCACAUUCAGCUGCAAGAAGAAUGACCCUCUCCUGAGAGGCUGUCCCGUGAGUGCGCUAGGUCAUGAUGAGUGCCCUGCUGGAAAAGAUGCUCGUGUGGUAUGCUCAGGGUGUCCAGGGGGCAGGUUGGUGAAUGGCACCACAUGCUCUGGCAUAGUGGAGAUCCGACAUGAAGGCACGUGGGGAAGACUCUGCCACUCCCACUGGAAUUUGCAAGCUGCCAGCAUUCUCUGCCGUCAGCUGAACUGUGGCUAUGCAAAGUCAAUCCAUAUGGAAGACCAUUCAGCAGAUUGGAACGGGACUAUAUGGAGAGAUGCUUUUCACUGUGAAGGGACAGAGUCCUGCCUGUGGGAUUGUGCUCAAGUUACUUUGGGCAAUCCAACCUGUUCAGCCAAAGAAGUAGCCACUGUAAUUUGCUCAGGUCCUGCUGAAUCACUCAGACUCUCAAGUGGUGAGAGCCGCUGCGAUGGGCGAGUUGAGAUCUCACUCCACGGUAUGUGGAGCAGAGUCCUGGAUGACGACUGGAACAUUAGGGAUGCUCAGGUGGUAUGCAGACAGCUUCAGUGUGGAACUGCCGAGAAAGCCUAUUACCUUCCAAAGUCUGAGCGAGGUAUGGGUCUUGUUGGCUUCAGGAGUGUCCAGUGUACUGGAAAUGAGACUCAGCUGAUGCUCUGCAAGACCUACCAGUAUCAGACAGUGCCAAUGGGAGUUUCUGAAGACGUUGGUGUGAUUUGUUCAGGUAGCAAACAGAUCAGGCUGGUGAAUGGAACAAAGCGCUGCGCUGGGAGAGUAGAGGUUUAUCAUGAUGGCAUCUGGGGCACCAUCUGUGAUGAUAACUGGGAUCUAUCAGAUGCUAAUGUUGUUUGCAAACAGCUUGGAUGUGGACAUGCCAUCGAGGCAUUUGUCUCUGCUCAUUAUGGCAAAGGUUCAGGACAGAUCUGGCUGGAUGACGUGAAUUGCACUGGGGCUGAAUCUGAUCUCUGGGCAUGUCCCUCUAGGGCGUGGGGCCAGCACAAUUGCCAACACAAAGAGGAUGCUGGAGUCCUGUGCUCAGAUUUCUUGGCUCUGAGGCUGGUGAAUGGCAAUGACUGUGCUGGGCGUCUAGAAGUUUUCUACAAUGGGACAUGGGGGAGCAUUUGUUCCAAUCGUAUGACUCAACUCACUGCAGUAACUGUAUGCAAACACCUGGACUGCGGAGAUGGAGGGGAAAUUGCAGAAGAUUUCGAAUACGGCAGAGGUUCUGGGCCAACAUGGCUGGACCACAUUGAGUGUACUGAGCAACAUAGUUCUCUCUGGCAAUGUCAGUCAGACCCCUGGGAUCCUCAGUCAUGUGAUAACCGAGCAGAAGAGACCCACGUUACUUGCACUGGAAGAAAAGAGGCAACUUCUCCAGCCACAUUUGCUAAGUGUCCAAAUUCUACAAGUUGUUCAGACAGGGAGAAGUUACGAGUCAUAGGAGGAGAUGAUGAAUGUUCAGGCAGAGUCGAGAUUUGGCACCAAGGUUCCUGGGGAACAAUCUGUGAUGACACCUGGGACGUGGCAGAUGCUAACGUUGUAUGCAGGCAGCUGGGAUGUGGAUCUGCUGUCUCUGCUCUGAGUGAAGCUGCCUUUGGGGAAGGGACUGGCCCCAUCUGGCUGGAGGAGGUGCACUGUAAAGGAACAGAGCUGUCUCUCUGGGACUGUCCUGCCAAGUCUUCGCUUGGCAAAAACUGUGAUCAUAAGGAAGAUGCUGCUGUGAAUUGCUCUGGUAUGACAGAAACAACAGCACCACCCACUAGAGCAGAUCCGCCCCGCCGCCCUGCAACAGACAACACGAGACUUUCGAUGCCUGUCAUCUUCUGCAUUAUCCUGGGGACCCUUCUUUGCCUGGUCCUUGCCAUUCUUGCUAGACAGAUCCAACGUGCCAGGGCACAGCAGAGAGAUUCCAGACUAUCCUAUGACCCCUUCUCUGAGGCUGUCUAUGAAGAGAUUGAUUAUAACCUGAUGAGGGAAAAGCAGGUCGUGACUUACCUCUCAGGUUUAACUCUCCCUGUUACAACUAAUACCUUUACUGUUCCAGAGAUCUCUCCACUGCCUGAAAAUGCCCUGGAAAAUGGUUAUGAUGAUGUGACAGAAGCUCCUGGACCUAAAGAUGCUUCUCUUUACGGGCAGAAUGAACAGGAAAUCAUUGGGCCUGAAGAAAGUGACAGAAACAAGGAUUCACAGACAGACUGGAGUCAUAGUAUGUCCCAAAACAGGACCCCUGAGGCUGAGAGACCUUCAUCCCCUGCUUUUGAAGAUACAGGCUAUGAUGACAUUGAAGAGCUGGGAUGCUGA